GCCCCCACCUCUCUCCCUCCCUCCUUGCCGCUUCCGCUUCCGCUUCCGCUCCGCCUCCACACACACCCCUCUUGGUGGCCUUGGGCGAGCCGCGGGCGCGACAGCACACACACGCACGCGCGCCUCCUCCCGAACCCCGUCCACACGGCACUCCCACUCCUCGGGCGCGCACGGCAGCCGCCGGCCGGGUUGACUUGACUCCGGCGGGGGUUCAGGACGCGUUCUUGCGCGUGCUUCUGCCGGCGCGGUUGGCAUCGCGCGGUCGGGCUCGGCUCAGAUCCUCCGGAAGAUUGGGUUUCGGAGGGAGGGAGCGCCCAAUUGGUAGCCGCGGUUCCUGGCGUUGACUCCCGCCGAGUUCUGCGCAGGCGCGUGCGGAGAGACUUCCACCCCCGCUGCUGUUCUUGGCAGCUCUGCACCAGGAGGGCGUCGGAGCGGCUGCUGGGUCCGGUCGAUGCGUCGCCGGUAGGUUGGCCGGCGGCAGCGUUGGGAGGAGAUGGGGAACUGCAUGGACAAAGCGGUGCCGGUGGACAACAACACCUCCUAUCAAUCAAAAGUAGGAAGCAAAUCAAGUUCAUCAUCCAACCCCUCUACGGUCAAAAGUGGCUCGACUCGGUCAUCUUGGACUGUACCCUCAUACAAAGAAAGUAGAGAGCUUCCUACUCCUAGGACAGAAGGGGAAAUCUUGUCAUCACCAAAUUUGAAGGCAUUUUCAUUUGGUGAUCUCAAGUCUGCGUCUAAGAACUUCCGGUCCGACAGUCUUCUUGGGGAAGGAGGAUUUGGCUAUGUGUUCAAAGGCUGGAUUGAUGAGCAAACUCUUGCCCCUUCAAAGCCGGGAAGUGGUAUGGUUGUAGCCAUCAAGAAGCUAAAACCAGAAGGUUUUCAGGGCCACAAGGAAUGGCUGACAGAGGUUGACUACCUUGGCCAACUUCACCACCAGAAUCUUGUCAAGCUCAUUGGUUAUUGCUCAGAUGGUGACAACCGACUUUUGGUGUAUGAGUACAUGCCUAAAGGAAGUUUGGAAAAUCAUCUAUUCAGACGAGGUGCGGAUCCUUUACCCUGGGGAAUAAGACUCAAAGUUGCAAUUGGGGCUGCUAGGGGUUUAUCAUUUCUGCAUGAUGCUGAGAACCAAGUCAUAUAUCGUGAUUUCAAGGCAUCAAACAUUCUCCUUGACUCGGAGUUCAAUGCCAAGCUUUCAGACUUUGGCUUGGCAAAAGCAGGUCCAACUGGGGAUAGAACCCAUGUUUCUACACAAGUCAUGGGCACACGAGGUUAUGCAGCUCCAGAAUAUGUUGCAACAGGUCGCCUCUCAGUAAAGGCAGAUGUCUACAGCUACGGCGUGGUGCUGCUGGAGUUGCUGACAGGACGUCGAGCGCUAGACAAAUCGAAACCGGUAUCUGAGCAGAACCUUGUCGACUGGGCAAAACCCUACCUGCGUGACAAGCGCCGUCUGUACCGCAUCAUGGACUCGAAGCUGGGCGGACAGUACCCGAAGAAAGGUGCACACGCAGUCGCAAGCAUCGCCCUGCAGUGCAUCGGCAGCGAUGCUAAGGCGCGGCCAGCGAUGUCUGAGGUCCUGGAGAAACUGGAGCAGCUGCAGGACCCCAAGUACAACGUCACAGCACCGCAGGUGGACACACAGCGGACGUUGUCAUCAGGUUCCGUCCCCAGGUCACCCAUGAAGGCGCAGCCCUCGCCACGACGCCUGUCGGGUUCGGCUUCCCCGUUGCCAGUAGCGGCAGGCUCCCCGCUGUCGGCGUGUAGGACCGCACAGGUGCACUAGGUGAGCGACUGAAGUAUGAAGUGCAGAGUCUGUGUGGUUGUAGUUGUUGGUUCGCUGUAGGUGUAUACUUUGCUGUGUUGUUGGUCCCGAUGAGCGUAGUUUUUUGUUUGCGAGGGUGAUGUGUCGUGGAACCAGCUGGUUGUGUGAGAUGCUGAAUCGUGAGACAUCGCCGUUCUGUGAUCGAUUGAUGUUUCUGAGCCAAUGGAUUCUCAGUUUUGAGUGAAGGUGGUGUUCAUCUCACGGUGUCGCCUGCCAUUCCUUUGUUGAA